AUGGAGGACACCACUGCACUGUUGACCCUCUACACUUCUCCUUUCCUGCAGCCUUUACAAGACUACUCAACUUCUUCCUCCUCCAAUACCACCUCCUCUCUUCCUUCACCCCCGCCUGCUGACCUGGUGAUUUCCCCUAAUGUGGCGUACAUGGCAGCCGAACUCGUCAUUGCCUUUCUCUCGACAACCGGCAAUAUCCUGGUCUGUGCUGCCGUGGGCCUCAACCGCAAAUUACAUACGGUCACCAACUACUUCCUGGUCUCGCUCGCAGUCGCUGACAUCUGUGUAGGCGUGAUUGCCAUCCCCUGUGCCAUCCUGACGGACAUUGGUUUACCACGUCACAACCUCUACCUGUGUCUGCUCAUGCUGAGUGUUUUAAUAAUGUUCACCCAGAGCUCCAUCUUUAGCCUGCUGGCAGUGGCUGUGGAGCGAUACGUGGCCAUCUUCAUGCCAUUCCGCUACCAGGUCCUGAUGACGCCUCGCAACGCCGUGCUCGUGAUCCUGACCACGUGGCUGCUGGCCUUUAUCAUUGGGCUUGUGCCUCUGAUGGGCUGGCAUAAGACACCACCUGAAUUAGGCAACUGUUUCUUUGUCUUGGUGGUGGACAUGACCUACAUGGUCUAUUUCAACUUCUUUGUCUGUGUGCUGACACCCUUAGUGAUCAUGUUCCUCAUCUAUGCCCAAAUUUUUGUCACGGUCAAGCGGCAGGUAAGGCGCAUCGCAUCCGAGCAAAGUGGCAGAGGGGAGCAACAGAUGAGAGCUGCAGUGAGCAUGCGCAGAGAGAUGAAGACGGCCACUUCACUUUUUCUGGUUCUGUUCCUCUUCACAAUCUGCUGGAUCCCGCUCCACAUCCUCAACUGCUUCCUGCUGCUCUGCCCACACUGCCCUGUGCCGCUGGAGCUGCUGCUCACUGCCAUCAUCCUGUCACAUGCCAACUCUGCUGUCAACCCCUUCCUGUAUGCAUACACGAUGACAGCUUUCAGGGACACCUUUAAGGCAAUUUUCAUGUGCUGCAGGACGCUGGGAGACAGAGAGGCUUCAAAUGCAGCCAGCGGGGAUGAUAGAGAGGGGGCGGCUGUUCGAAACGCGCACCAGAGCUAA